CACACGCUUUGAUUCAAGUUGGAUUUCCGGUCUUGUCUGAAUUGAGUCAUCUAAUUCGUAUUUAUUAUUUCUCAAAUAUUCCAUUCAUCGUACCGCCUCCCCCGUAUUUAAGCCCGUGCUGUUCCUUUCCAUUUUUCUCAUAAGUCCCAUCACUGCACUCCGACGACGCCUUCAACAGCGUGCUCUAGUUCUCCAUAAACAAGCUUAGUUCUUUACGGUACCCUUUGUUGCCCAACUAGGCCUCAUGUUCGAGGAGAUAUGCCUAACAUGCUCCAAACACCUCCGCGAUGAUGGUCGUGCUUACUGCAGUGAUGAAUGCGAAAAUUCGGACAUGUACAAUUCUCCGUCUAUUUCUUCUGCCAGCAGUGCCCUUUCGUCUCCAUACAUCGAUUUUACUCCCGGUGGCGAAGUUCCACCGCUCAUGCCAUCUGCAUUAGGAACCGCGCUCAGCAGUAAUUUCCAGAAGCGAGGCCGGUAUUCCGUAUCGUCUUCGUCCACCUCUUCAGCUUCGUGGUCCCUCUUCACUGACGCUGAAGAGGAAGGUUAUGCUUCUGUCAGUAUUGACGACGAAGCCGUCUAUGAAGGAGAUGGUUUAGAGUCAGGCUACUUACAUCCGUGUAAGUCCUCAGGACUUAGCUACACUCGCCAACCAUCGGCUACCAACAACCGCUCAACCAUUCCCCUUCUUCACCGCCGAACAUCUUCUACAUCUAGCUCAGGUUUCGGACAAGUUCAUUCCUCCGCUGAAGAUGACGCUGACUCUAUAAAUGACGUUUCCUUCCACGAGAAACCUUCGGAGCGAGGGCAGGAGCAUAACAAGCUUACUAGCCGCAAUCGUGCGAGUCUCCCUGCAUAUUUCUCUCUUCUGCAGGUCAGCUCCCCCCAACGCAGCUCGCCGCCGCUUUCCACUAGUUCAGGAAACACAAUCAAUCCUUCAUUGCUAGCUAUUUCUGGCAUUCGCCCUGUUGUCGAAGCGACGCCCCGUGGGCGGCGACGCGAACCCGAUGCGAGUAGUCGCUCCAACUCCCGUUCUCGUGCACGCCAACAGACUCUGGAUAGCCGCAGCAGCGUCGAGCAAGUCUUUAAUUGGACCUGUGCUCCUGUACGGCGCAACUCGUCACCACUUCCGAAGAUGAUGUCCUCGGUGCAGCAAUUCGAGGAAACACCUUUCGUUAAUUCCAUCGAUGAGACACACGAACGCAGGGGCCGCUUCAAGCGCAACGAGCUUGGCGGACCAAACUCGCGUGAUGCGCCGGGUUAUGGGAAUGGCAGGAGCGGCUUGCGAGAUCGGGUGCGAGAGCGCCAGCGCGGUGUCGAUGCCGGUCUUCUGUAA